AUGUUCUCAGUCAUCAUACCAGGCAGACCAUGCCUCACCGACAUCACCGCUGUCGACGCACAGCCCGGCAUCCAACCCACAAAAUUCGCAUUCACAUUCCCCGCCGCACCCAAAUUCAACCAUAUCGUCAUCUUCUUCCUCCCGGGCACCGUGCUACCUCCGGACACCGCCGCUGCAAUCUACCUUCAGACCCCGACAUCGAAACCGACUCCGAAUGGGCCCGAGUUUAGGUUUUUGGGCGCAAUUGGGAAUGAGAAACCAUCCGCUAUAUUUAAAGUUGGUUCCGGGACGUCACAGACGCAGACGGGCAUGGAUGAUGACAUGGUAGAUGACGGCGCGAAUAUAGCCGGCGGCCAAGUCACGUUAGGAAUAUCGAUAGAACCAGCGCAUAAUGUGGCGGCACAAAUGGCCGCAUUGAAUGCGUCGCGAGAGUCGCAGCAACAGUCGUCCACCGAUCUCGUUCGCCUGCCGCCGCAACAAAAACAGAUAACGACGAAGGUCUUAGCCCAACGGAUUAUUGGCAAUGCAUUCAACUUUCUGGCUAGUUUUGCAGAGUCCGAUCCCAAUAGGAAAGGAGAGGAUGUUGUUCCCUUGAAGAGUUUUAGAGAUUGGUGGACCAAAUUUGAGCGUCGGAUUGACAUGGAUCCGUCUUUUCUCGAGCGUGAAGACCCGAAUCAAUGA